UUUCAUUUUUAAAAGGCUGUUACCGGGUUCGCAACGUUGCCAUUGUUUUUGUUGAUUUCUGAACGACUAGCCUAAAUUUUACUUCAAAUUUUAGUUAUAUUUAAGGCAAAUACCAAUCGUGCUUGAGUGCAUUUUGGUAAUAAAUCCCAAGUAGACAUUUUUGGAAUCUAGUGUCAUAAGUUGAUUGGAAGAAUUUAUUUACUUCCCUCUUCACUAACCUCCUGCUUCCUGUUGUUUUAUGGUGCAUUGUCAUCAAGAUGUCUGCCAUCUUUAAUUUCCAAAGUUUAUUAACUGUAGUACUGCUAGUGAUAUGCACGUGUGCAUACAUUCGCUCACUAUUUCCAAGUAUACUUGAUAGAAACAAAGUUGGGUUUCUUGGAACAUUUUGGAAGUGUGCUAGAAUUGGUGAAAGAAAGAGUCCCUACGUAGCAGCCUCUUGCGUCAUAAUGGCACUCAGCAUCCUAUUUUGGUCAUAAUUAUUGUAACUGUUUAUUAAAUUUGUUUCCAAUUUCUAAGUUUUGUCAUUAUAUCAUCAUAAAAUGUUAUCACUAUCAUAUUUUUGUGCAUCUGCUUACCAUUUUUUACUAAAAUUUGAAAACACAUUUGGCUCUGUCAAGAUACUUAAAUUAACUGCAUUUGUCCUGAGCGUACUGUGAUGAAAAAAAUGAAAGCAAAAAUCAGAAGAAUAAUAAAGCUACAUCUGUUGACGUAAACAAA